CACAGACAUACCCCUUCCAAAAAAUUAAGUUCACGACAACAUGAUGCUACCUACUAGGAUUUUAAGCUUAUUACUACUCCUAAUCUUAAUUGCUCAAAUUCUGCCAAACACGACUUCUUACCAAUGUGGCAAAAUUGCAACCAAAAGAUGCAAUUCAGCACCAAAGAGAGAGUCCUUGGCAAAUACUGGUGAAGAACAUGAAGCAGUUGUGAUAAGAGGAAACAAACGAAAAGGUGAACAAAUUCUGAGCAGACGUCCACUCUCGCAGUCUGGGGGCAAAGGUAGUGCUGAAUUUGUUGCAUUUACAGCAGAUUAUAAAUCACCAAGGCAUCAUCCACCAAGGCACAACUGAUAACUUUACUAGAAUAUCACUAAUUUUCGACGGACCUUCUUUUGAUACAUCAAUAAGGAUUUUUGAUGUAAAAAAAUCAUCAAAAAUAUUACCGACGAGUCAAAUUUCGAUCAAUUUCAUCAGAAAUUAGUGAUUUUUAGUGCAAUGCGAAGUACCAAUUGAAGAUCUAUAGUUUAACUACUUUUGC